ACGGCUGGCUGACGACAAGAGAAAAUAAAAAACCGCAUCUGUUCCGUGUAAGGAGAAGUCACAAAAUUUCUCAGCUCCUGCCUGUAUACUUCACAUGGCCUAAUCCCACAGUCGCACACUCUUCCACCCUGCCAUCACCAAUCAUCAACACAACGCCCAUUAUUAUUUAAAAAUCCUUAAUAUAUUAUUAUUCUUCGUCCAUCGCUUUUUCUUGAAGACUACUUCAUCCUUCUUAUUAGUUUCUUUUUAUUUCAAUCUUUCUCACUCGCACGCACGCACGCACAGUCUCUAGUGGUACCGUGCCGGUUCAUUUGCUUCAUCCACCACCUCAUUUUCAGAGAUUUCGUGCACUCAACAAACUCUCAUCCACCCAUGGCGUCAUCACUAUCAACAAUAGCUCUAUUCCUGCCCCAAUCGCUCUAUAUUAAGCCCCGCCUGGCGCCACGGCCUCUUCCUCCCCCUCAAUUCCGCUCCCUUUUCCUAACCUCACCGGCGGGUGCUCGUACUGCUACUGUCAUGCCUAGAAGGGCGGCGGUCAUCGUGUCGGCGGCGACGGCGGAGACGCCGAAGAAGAAGGGCGAAUCGAAAGGGUUCGUGGAAGAGAUGAGGUUCGUGGCGAUGAGGCUGCACACGAGGGACCAGGCCAGGGAGGGCGAGAAGGAGGUCAAGCAGCCCGAGGAGAAAGCCGUUACCAAGUGGGACCCAUCCGUCGAAGGGUACCUGAAAUUUCUUGUGGACAGUAAGCUCGUUUAUGACACGCUGGAGAAAAUCGUUCAAGAGGCUCCUCAUCCUUCUUAUGCUGAAUUCAGAAACACUGGAUUGGAAAGGUCUGCAAGUUUGGCAGAAGAUUUGGAGUGGUUCAAGGAGCAAGGUUAUACCAUUCCUGAACCUUCUUCUCCUGGUCUUACCUAUGCACAAUAUCUUAAGGAGUUAUCUGUGAAGGAUCCCCAAGCAUUCAUUUGCCAUUUUUACAAUAUCUACUUUGCUCAUUCAGCUGGUGGUCGAAUGAUUGGGAAAAAGGUUGCUGAAAAGUUACUUAACAACAAGGCGUUGGAGUUCUACAAAUGGGAUGAUGACCUUCCACGAUUGUUGCAGAAUGUGAGAGACAAGUUGAAUAAAGUUGCUGAACCUUGGAGUCGGGAAGAAAAGGACCACUGUCUGGAAGAAACAGAAAAAUCAUUCAAGCUCUCUGGAGAGAUUCUCCGUUUGAUUUUAUCAUGAUAAUAGAUGCCCUGCUAUCUGUGUAAUUAUGGGUAUUAAAGUGCAUGGCGGAAGCCAACAACAUUACCAUAUGUGAAUUAUUUUAUUUCCAAUACGCAAAGGAAUAAUAGAACUGAUGUUGAUUAAC